UUAAUCAAACAAAAACAACACACAAUCAAUUAGAAAAUUAACUUAAUUGUUCAAUCAUUUAAUUACAAUGAUUGGUCAUUUCUUUUUUUUUUAAAUUCUUUCUCUGUUUAAAGACUAUGAAUACAAGAGAUCAAAUCAAAUUCGCAACAAUCAGUUAAUUACAAAUUAUAUUUCAUCUUUAAAUGUUAAUCCUUAAUGUAUUUUUAUAAUCUUUUAUGUUACACUUGAAAAAAAUUAAAAGGGUUUUAAUUGUUGAAGAUGCGAAAUUAAAUAAAAUUAAAUAACAACCAUUGGUUUUGAAGAUGAUCAUUAUCAACAAUUUAACAUAAUUAAGGCAAGUUGAUAUUAAUUUUGGGUUAAAAUGUUACAAUUAGUAAAUUUUUUGGGUUAAAGGAUUUACGGUUACAUCUAAUUAAGUAAAAAUUUCCCUUAACUAAUCAACAAUUAGAGUUAAAUUAAUGGUUAGGGCGAUGGUUACAAUUAAGUGAAUGAUGAAAAUGAAUCUCUUUUCUUCAUGAUUUUAACUCCAUGAACUUAAUUACCUGAUGUUCAUUAAAUUGACAUUCACUGGAAAUUGAAUGAUCGAUGUUUACAAUUACGUUGAUUGUUGGUAAACAAUCAAAUGUUUACCAAUGUUUGUUUACAAUUAGAAACAAUUAGUUUCCCAUCCAUGGGUUUGGAUCCUUUUUGACAAUCUAUUCAAUUGGAAUCUAUUGAUUUCUUCAAUCAUAAAGGUAACAAUUUCAGGUGAAUGUAUUUUUUGGACAUGAUGAUGAGGAUGAUGAAAAGAAAGAGAGACAAAGAAAGAGGAAGAUGAAACAAGUGAGAGAGACAAUUAAGUAUCCAUAGUGAUUAAAGUUAUGUUUGUAUCUAAAUUGUUGAUAACAUUGAACCUUUUCCGAUGAUAACCACAAGUCGAAGAGGUUAAAUCAGUAACUAAAUUAGUCUUCGCGGAUAUGAAACAAUUUAAUUGUGAGAAUUAAUAUUUUCCAAUUGAAAUCUAUGUAGUUACCAUAAAGAAAGUAAUAGAAACAAUUAAGGAUUAUGUUGAUUACUUGGUUUAUUUCAUUGAUUAAAAAGUUUCAAUUACUUUUGAUUUUUUUAUCAAUAAAACUUUUAAUUACUCGAUCAAAUGAUUUUGUUUAUUGUAUCAAUUCAACGAGUAGUGUUUACAAUUGUGAUCAAACAAAUUGUCUUCAUGGUGUUUGUUGGUCUAAAUCAUCACAAUUAACUGAUUUAAAAUCAUGUUAUUGUGAUAAUGGAUUCACUGGUUAUCAAUGUUCAAUUAAUUAUGAUGAUUGUCUCCUUAAUCAGUGUCAAAAUGGUGGUACUUGUGUUGAUAGAAUCGCUGAUUUUGAUUGUAUCUGUCCACCAGGAUACACAGGUAAAUUGUGUCAAACUGAGAUAAAUGAAUGUAUCUCAGCACCUUGUCUAUCGGGUGGAUCUUGUAUUGAUGAGAUAAAUGGUUUUCGAUGUCAAUGUUUACCUGGAUUCUCAGGUCACUUUUGUGAGAUCGAUAUUUCCGUUUGCAAUGAGACUGGAUUUUACGACGGAACGGAAACAAGUAAAUGUUUGAAUGGUGGACAAUGUUCAGAAGGUCCUGGUCUCGAAUAUAAAUGCCAAUGUCAACCAGGAUUCGAGGGCCAUCGAUGUGAGACAAUAAUCAAUCAAUGUGAACCCAAUCCGUGUUUAAAUGGCUCUCGGUGUGUCAAUCAUAUCGCCGAUUUUACUUGUAUCUGUCCACCCGAUCGAACAGGUAAAACGUGUGAAAAUGAUUUAAUUCCCUGUGAAAUUAAUAACUGUCAACAUGGAGCAAUUUGUUUAAUCACAUCGAGUUCAACUCGAUCAUGUUAUUGUGUACCCGGUUUCUAUGGGGUACAUUGUGAACGGCAUUUUAAUGAGUGUAUGUCAUCAGUAAAUGUUUGUGCCAAUGAUGGUCUUUGUAUUGGUGGAUUAGUUAAUUACUCUUGUUCGUGUUUAAAUGGAUUUAAGGGAAAACAUUGUGAAAUAAAUUGUUCAAACAAUUACGAGUCAAUUAUUGAUCAACGUUGUUUCAAUGAGAAACAAUCAACCACCAAUCAGUCAAUUACAACACUCGAACCAUCAAUUGGAAUUGAUUAUUCAUCAACUACGACAUCAACUAUUAAGACAAUUAUUUCAAAUGGAUCGUCAUUAGAAUCAUCAACUUAUCAUCAACAAUUAGCUAAUCAUUCAUUUGACAAUUACAAUGAAUCAGUUGUUGAUUAUGAAUCAGCAAUUAUUAACUCACAGUCUCCAUUCAGUAAUCAGUUUAAUUCAUCGUUCUCGGUUAAUCAACAUGAUGAUUUAUCAUCAUUAAAAGAUAAUCAAACUAUUCCCAGUGAUUUAGUUGAUAUUAACGAUUUGUUUAGUCCAUCAUUUAAUGGUGAAUCAUCUUACAUGGUAAUUACCUCGGACGAUGAUCAAUAUGUUUCGAGUUUAACAAUUAACUUAUCCUUUUUGAGUUACGAUUCUAAUGGAACCAUAAUUUCAACUCGUUCGACAAUCGAUUCAAGAUAUUUUAUAAUAAUCUAUUUGAAUGAUUUUCGACUCAAGGUUUGGUUCUCAUGUAAUUCUCGAGAAAUGGAUCUGAUUGAAUUUCCAGGCCUCAUUUCGGCAUCGACUUUCUAUCCGCUUACAUUUCAAUUGAAUCUCCAGAACAACUCAUGUACCGCUCGAUUGACACUCAAUCAUAAUUAUACAAUAAUCAGUGGACAGUCGGUUGGAUCAUCUUCAUCUUCACCUUCAUCGCCGAUUCGUCCUCUUUGGCCUUGUUUCCGUGAUUUUUAUCUCGGUAAAAUGGACCCAAGUUUAAGAUCAUUUUCUCAUAUCGAUAAUGAUAAUGUUCAUUUCAACGGUUGUCUCAAAGAGAUAAACAUUAAUGGUCUUAAUUUGAUUAAGAAAAUUGUUAAUGUUACCGAAUGUCAAAUGGCCUCCGUUUGUUCAAACGAUCCUUGCAACGGUCGAGGUAAAUGUUUACAAUCACCGACGAACUGGUCUUGUCAUUGUGAGCCCGGUUAUUCGGGACGUCGAUGUCAAUCAGCUAAUUGUUCACCUAAUCCAUGUGAAAAUGAUGGUCUCUGUUUAACCACAGGCUCAGAUUUUAAUUGUCUCUGUAGUAAUGGCUCGUUUGGUGAAUACUGUCAAUUAGAUCUGAAUGAAACUCUUCCAGCCUUUGGUUACAAUGAUAAAGGUUCAUCUAAUUCAUACAUGAUCUAUGAACUUCCUAAUCAAACAUUUCAUUUCGAGAUGAGAUUUAGAUUAAUGAUCUCAAAUCAUGUUAAUCAAAAUAACUCAUUAAUCCUUUUCUUGGGUAAUACAAAUAAUAUUAGAUUAAGGGGACGACCAAUUGAUUUCAUUAGUAUCUCGCUGCUUGAAGACAUGAUUGUCUAUCAGAUUAACAUGGGCCAGGGAACCAAAGUUAUGGUUGGUAAGAUGAAUUCAACUCGAGUUCAUACAAUUUAUCUUGGUCAACACCGACAAUUAGCUUGGUUAAUUGUUGAUGAUUUAAAGAGAGACCUCGAAAUUGUCCAAACUCGACACAAUAAACUUAACAUUGAACCUUUUCUGUACAUUGGUAAUCAUAAAGCUUCACCUUUAAGGACUUUUACAACUUUCCAAGGUUGUGUUUUUGACAUUCAAGUUCGUAAUGAUCCUAAAUUACCCUUCCAACAAUUAAAUAAUAUCCUUUGGAGUUCCAAUGUUAAUGAAUGUACCGAUUUGCAUAAAUGUAGAAAAGGUUAAUCAUUCUCAUCUUCUAUCAACAAUUAAGUAUUAAUUACUUAACCAUUAGUCUAGAUUGGAUGUAAAAAACUUCCCAGUGCAAUAUUAUUAUAUGAGAAAUUAAAAUUUCUUUAAUUAUCUUUGA